CGAGCGUACGCCUCCGAUUCUGGAGUGCCGUAUUAGGAAGAGACCGGUGGAGUCCAUCAUCGGAUUGAGGGAUUUGUCCGUUGAGCUAGUCGAUUUUCUACCUUCCACUUCCCUCGGUCGACUACCGGUCAUUAUGCACCAGCACAUCGACUCUGCUUUGAUAUCGGCGUUCGUCGAGAGGUGGCAGCCGGAUACGAACACCUUUCACAUGCCCUGGGGAGAGAUGACGAUUAUGUUGCACGACGUGCAACGCAUAUUGGGCAUUUCUAUUGAUGGUUCUCUGCCGGCUGAGCCUUCGGAGGCGGAGUGGGAGGUUGGUAUCACCAAUCUGGUCGGCGAGCCUCUGUCUGAGCUUCGACGUAAAGGUUCAUUCACCAGCGGAUGCAUAAGCGUUGCUGAACUGAUGCGGCUGUGUCAUAGGUCGCAUGCCUUGGAUACCCAGACCACAGCGUACUACAUGGCUGUCAUUGGCUCUACCUUGUUGGCGGAUAAGACCAGGACUGGCAUGCGACCUCACCCGAUAGUUGUCGUCAACGACGAUGAACAGGACGUGGCUUGGGGUGCGGUGACUUUGGCGUUCUUGUACAGGCAGCUCGGAAUGGCAUCUAGGGCUGGUUGCAAGACCAUUGCUGGAUGCCUCACAUUGCUCCAGACAUGGAUCUAUGAGUACUUCCCCGCUUUCCGCCCUCAUCCUCGCCGAGAUGAUGUGCCAAACACGACUAGGGCGGAGAUGUGGACGCCGAAGAAAGUAGGUCGUGAGCUGGACAGGUUGAUAUCAUUCCGCAAGGUUCUGGACUCAAUGACAGAGACUCAGGUUGAAUGGACUCCCUACAAUUGUGGAGCUGCUGCGUUGCUGAAUGAGCACCCACGCACCACAGUCAUCGGGGGUAUCACCUGCUUUGAUGUUGUGGAGGUGUAUUUGCCGGAGCGGGCAUUGCGACAGAUUGGGUUCGUGCAGUGUAUUCCUCCAGCUCCUAUGAGACUAGCCAAGGCUCUUCGACCGGCACACGGAACCUACUCCGUGACCUUUCCUUCUUCUGCUGCUGCAUUUGUGGAGGCGUGGAGUAGAGACUGA